UAUGGCGGCGGGUAGUCUGCUGGCCGAGGUAGCCGUGGGUCAGGUGGUACUGCCGGGGGAUGUGCUGCUCCUUCCCAAGGCUCCGGAUGCAGAUGGCGAGCGGCUGCAGCUGGGCCCGAGCUCGGCGCCACGGGGCAGGCUUCUGUGCGGGCCCGGGCUGCGCCGCUGCGCCGCGGGGCUGCUAGUCACCAAGUGCGGGCUGCUGCGCCACCGCCUGCCGGCAGGGGUCGCAACAGGCGGCGGCGCCUACUGGGUGGAUUCGCAGCAGAAGCGGUAUGUCCCAGUGAAGGGAGAUCCUAUAAUAGGCAUAGUGACUGCCAAGGCAGGCGACAUCUUCAAGGUAGAUGUUGGUGGAAGUGAGCAAGCAUCUUUGUCAUACUUAGCAUUUGAGGGUGCAACCAAAAGAAACAGGCCAAAUGUUCAGGUGGGAGAUCUUAUAUAUGGUCAAUUUAUUGUAGCAAAUAAAGAUAUGGAACCAGAAAUGGUCUGCAUAGAUAGCAGUGGAAGAGCAAAUGGAAUGGGUAUAAUUGGACAUGAAGGCCUACUAUUCAAAGUUUCCUUAGGGCUAAUAAGAAAACUUUUAGCUCCUAAUUGUGAAAUCAUCCAGGAAUUGGGACAACUUUACCCUUUUGAAAUAGUGCUUGGAAUGAAUGGAAGAAUAUGGGUAAAGGCAAAAACAGUUCAACAGACUUUAAUUGUGGCAAAUAUAUUGGAAGCCUGUGAACAUAUGACAUCAGAACAAAGAAAGCAAGCACUUGCCAAAUUGUCAGAGAGUUGAAAUAAAGAAAACUUCAGGGGUCUGUUUUAGACUGAGAUGGUUGUAUUUUUGUAUUAAAGUCUAUAUUCAAUAACGUUUUUUUUAAAUUUUA